AUGAAGACUCCCACCCACUCAACGCGACGAAACAGCACGCGUAUUUCUCGUCGACGUGGGAUUAGCAAUGGUACAGCCGCUCCUCUAUCUCCAUCCAGAUCUUCUGCGUCCAGUGGACCGUCAGCCGCCUCUGAGUGCUCUCUGGAAGUGACAGCCUGCUCUCUGCAGCGUGUGAAUGGCCUUAUGCUCCUACUACUGUGUACACGCUCUAACUGGCUUCUCUACCGUCUUGAUAACCUCAGUACGACUCACGAAAGCUGUUCACCCAUUCAGAUGCUAAUGGACCCUGAUAAGGAUACAGCACGCGUUCCAAACGUACGGUUUAUCCACUUGUUUGGCAUUCCAACAGAAGAAAUUGCAACGCAGAAAUUAGGAGCCCUUUUCGUGUCCGAACGGAGUGCACCGCUGUAUUUGAGCGACGACGAGGAUGAAGACUUUUUACCUGCAGCAGCCGAUGUAGAGGAUGAUAAUGGGUGCGAAGACAUUUCGAUACUAAAUCUAGACGAGCAAAAGAUUCUUUUUAAACUGCCGCCCACGCCUUCGCUAGUUUUGGACGUGCAAACAAACGCGACUAUGGCGGCGGUACUAUGCGAAACGCGUGAACUUUUUCUCUAUAAUUUGGCCACUUUCCAGCUGCAACAGACAAUAAUUGUGACGUCUCCAGCCAUGGCACUCGGUUCGCGCUGGCUGGCUUAUCCAGGAUAUGCACUGAGCAAUGACACGACUCAAGCCAAAGGGCAGGAGCAGUCGCUUGUAGGAAAAGAAGACAUCGACUCGGAUUUUGACGAAGUUCCUAUUGAAUCUCUUGUACUCGGUGGAAUGGCUACCGAAGCUCGUGAUAUGUCUCAUAGCUCGUCACCGUCCUACACGGCUGUUGACAUUGCACAGAAUGUCGCUUCGGGACUGUAUUACCUUUCAGAGGUUGGACGAGCCACUAUUGCACCCUAUUUAUCUUCAUCUCCUGGCAGGCCGAAAACCGACGUGCAAAAUGGUCAUAUACAUACAUCAGCUGGAAGUCGGCACUGCAUUGAUCACUCUCAAGUGGCAGAUUCUAAGAGCUAUGGCUUGACGAGUCAGCAAGCUUCACAAAUUGACUCGAGCGACAAAGCAUCAAUUGCCUCAAAGAAACAUGCAGGAUGGGUUGUGAUGCUUGACCUGGUUACCAAGCGCAUACUGGCAAACUUUCAAUGCCAUUCUACUGCGUUAGUGAAUUUAUCACUAGAUUUUUCCGGACUCUUAUUGGCGACAAGUUCCACUAAAGGUCAAAAUCUUCAUGUUUACCGCUUGUCACCACCGUUACAGAGUGUUAUCACGAAACCUAAUGGAACUCUCACCUGUGGACUUGGGACACUACAUUACCAACUCGCGUACAAGUUACAGCGAGGAAUAACUCAUGCCACAAUCCAAGAUAUUGCGUUUAGCCAGGAUAGUAAAUGGAUUAAUGUUACGUCAGCGCAUGGCACGAGUCAUCUCUAUGCUAUACACCCUGAAGGGGCUCGCAUUAGUGCUGAUACACACGCUAAUACAGUUGAAAGUGCUGCUUUAUCCGAUGCAGACGAUCUGGGACCUGGGUGUUUGCAACGUCAAGUUAGCGAUUUUUAUGCCGAUUUCCGUGCACUCGAAACUCGGACGCAAAGUCAAGCCCAGCAUCAAGCAAAGUAA